UUAGCAGUUUAUAUUUACUAAAAUAAUUGCACUUCCAUGUCCUGUGUUCUGUGGGAGACCAGAUAUAGUGAAUGCAGGGUCCUGGGUUUGUAACACUUGAGUACAGAGCCCCAGGAGACACUAUGCACAUGCUCUGUUUGGUGUGUAGUGCUAGAGAUUUUUUUGGGGGGGAGGGUGCAUGUAAUGAGCACAAUGUCAAUCAGCGCUGUCCAGAGAGAGGGUCAGGGGUUAUGCAGCCUCAUAAGACAGUAUAGUGAAUGCAUAGUCCUGGG